AAUUCAGGGCACAAAUGUUUCAUAAUCAACAAAUGUCCCUCUAGCGGUGGGCUGAGAGUGUGACAGCUUAGUGCUGCGGCGGUGAACCGUUCAGCCGCUUCUUCCUGUCGUUCAGACAGAGGGAGAGAGAGGGGGGAAGGACGCACAAUGGCGACCGUGCGGUGCCCCAAUUGCACGGCCGAAAGGAAAGGGUUUCGGCGGGAACUUGAUUCUUGGCGACACAAACUGAUACACUGCGUUGGGUUUGAAAGCAUUCUGGAGGGAAUCUAUGGCCCGCUGCUGCUGAGGGACCUCGAUUUAUUUGAUGACUGUGAACCUGAAGAAGUGGAUGACUGGUCUCCAGAAACAAGUUGCUCUCAAUGUUCAUUCUGCAGCCUCCCACUGGACAAACUCAGCAGUGAUCAAGUACCUGCAGCCACGUCGCCCCUCUCUUCCCCCUCUGACUACUCUCCCUGUCACGCUCCAACCCUCUCUGUGAGCAGCCAAUCAGCGCACAGGUUCCUCCAAGCUGUGUUUAACAAGAAAGAUGUGUCUCCAGGCUGUGAUUCCAACAUCCCUCGGGUUGCCCAGGAGCUAAUGAAGAAGAUGAUACAUCAGUUUGCCUUGGAGUACGCGUCCAAGUGCCUACUCCACAGUAGUACAAAUGGUGUUACAACAAAGACCUCAUCACCAUUGUCAGAAACAUCAGAUGCCCCUCUGGACCUCACAGUGAGCCGAACUGGGGAGGAUAAAGAGAGUCAAAGUGACCCAGAUGGCGUGCUCGACCUCUCCAACAGGACCUCGGCCUGCUCAGCAACUUCAUCAUCUAAUUACAAGGCCUCAGGCUCCCUGCUGCUGUCAUUUAUGGAAGAAUCGGGGGAUCUGGGACAGCGAGGGACUAAGUGUCGCCAGAGUUCUCCAUUGGGUGCUGUUCUCAACUCACUCUGCCCAGCACACCAUUCCUUACUGUACCAGAUUCUGAAGCUGGCACGCCAGGAAAAAUUGUUGUUCCUAAAUCACAGACCUGUAGAUCAAACUGAAUCUCAUUGCGAUCAUUGUGGCGUAAACCCACAGGAUAUCUCUAAUGCAGUCUCAUUUAGUGAAUGUAAAGCCAGCAACAGUCCAUACUACCCUUUAAUGAGUUGUGAUCAUCAAGGUCAUGGUAGCACAGUGUAUCAUCCAGGAGAUCCCAAAUCCAAUUGUAGCAUCCGUCACUAUCCUUUGACAGACUGUAAAAGUGACACUCCUCUGGGCUCAAGCUACUGCUGUGUGCAGAGGUGCAGGAUGGAAACCUACACUGUUAUGUGUCCCAAGAGGCUGCACUGCAUUUCCUGCCAAAAGCUUGCUGUAGGUCGUGUCAACAACAUAGUGUGUGCAUUUGCAUCCUCUCCUUCAUUAUCCAAAUCCCCUUCACGAUGCCCUCCCUCCUCUAGUUUAUGCCCUUCCCCAUCCAUCUGCUAUAACCAACACAACCCCCACUCUUGUCCCUGUUAUCUAAACCAUGCCUGUCUGACACAGGUUAGGAAUACAAAAGAAAGAGGGGUUGGAGAUGGGGAUCCUCCUUGUCCUGUACUAACUAGAGAGCAGAGCCCCUCUCCUCCUCCUCUGUCCCCUAUACCCUCGGACAUCAAUAAGAAAACUGAUGAAAAGCCACCCUCCCUCCUUCACCAUAAACAAGAGGUGGGAGCUGACCGAAUGGUGAAAGAUGGUCUUGUGAAGGCAAGCCACCAUGAAGCAGAUGUGGAUUCAACUACAGAAGUGGAGCAAAAAUGUAGGACCCUAAGAAGUAGUCAGGCUGAGCGGCACCCAAGUGGGACAUCAUUGCAAGAUGUUGUGAAUCGCUUCAGCGAGAAACUGGAGACAAUAAGACCUAUAGAGAAGGACCCACCUCUGGUUGCCACAGCUGUUAAUGUCUCUGAAAAGGAGCAGCCACAGUGUCCCUCAACCAGUCAGAACCUGCACUUUCAGGCUGAUGCCCAUUUGACUGAAAUCAUCACCACAGUGCUUCACACAGGCAGUGCUAGCGACUACAAUCUCAGUGAGCUGUUCAAUCGCCAAGAUAGCAAAGAGCCCAAGUCACCUAAUACCCGCUCCCGACGUCGCCAAGAAGUCCUUACUGCUAUAGCAACACCUGCUGAUGAUGCUUCAACCAGAAGGCAAACCUUACAAAUUAAACGGGAGCUUGCCAUGUUUGACCAGUCCUUCAGUAGGAAAAAGGUACCACUAGCAAAGAGGGCAAGAUUGAAAGAUAGAAAUAUUACUGUUUCUACAUUACCCACUUCAUCAGAUUCAAACCUAGUUAAAGAGGAGUCUAAAAGAGAAAUGGCGGUAGGUGUUGACCCUGUAGAGAAUCACAGAGUAAGGGAGGGACCACUGAACAUUCUCACAGCAGAAAGUAACAGGUAUGACGUAAAAGAGGAAAUACAGGCCGUUAUAGUAACAGAAGAAGUUCAGAUCAUCAAAGCAGAGGAGAAGGAAAGGGAAAUAUCCAGCGAGGAAAAGGAUCUUACACUUGAAAGCACUCAAAUACCGACCCCUGAGCUGCAGAGCAAGUAUGGCAAACAAGGCUCAAAGUGUAACAGUGUACAAACACAGGUGAUGACAUUGACUGCAACCUCAGAAAAACGGUGUAGCAGUCCCAGUAAAGAAGAUGGCAUUGGUAGUGGUGCUGGAAGUGAUAGGAACCUGGAAGAAGCACCAUUGGGUCAAAGCUCUGACAAUAGACCAGGUAAAGAUUGCUAUAGUCCUAUAAUAGAUAGGCAGAAAUGUCAACCACACCAUUCUAAGGAUGCAAGGAGAUCUAGGAGAAAUAUAGUACCUCCACAGCGGUUCUCCUCCUAUGUGACAGAGCCCAGGUUCUACGUUGCAUGUUUCUCUGAAAGCAUCUUUAACCAGGGAACACAAAAGCACAAGGUUUUGACAUCUGGCACCCUAGAUGCCUUAUCCAGAGAUCCAGAUUCUGAGGCCACCAAGCUUGAAUCAAGGUCCUCACCUGAGCACACAUUGUCGUUUUCCUUUGAAUCAACACAUAAAGAACAAUAUGGACCAUUCUACACAGAGUCAAAAGGUCUUUCUACAAACCAGGUCUUUCUGCAAACUUUGGCUGACAAAGAGACGGGUACUGCAAAACAGAGCGCUGACAAUAGGACAAAUGUCAGCGACUGUGCUGCCAAGCCUUUUGGAAGGCUACGUUCAUCUCCAAAAAGACUACUGGACUCAAAGACCGCUUCAAGAAAUCCCCAAAACCCAUCAAAUAUGGAUGUUGCCAUGAAAUCUGCUAGCUGUCUUGAGAGCUCUCCUAACUCCCAAGUCCAGUACAUUAGUCCAAUAAAGCUCAUGUUUGUAUCACCAGUAAAGGACAAGGAAGGGGUCAGAUAUAGUCUCAAAUCAGCAUCUUCUGGUUCGAGUGCACAGGAACCCUUUGACCCGUGUGUAGAGUCUUCAUGGUCAGGGACACUUAAGAAACCCAAAAGCCAGAGAACUAAGUCUGCUACUUCACAAGUAAAAUCUUUUUCUUCACCACUAAAGUCUGCUACCUCACCUGCAAGAUCUGCUUCUUCACCAGCCAAGUCAGCCCCUUCAUCACCUAAGUCAGCCUCUUCAUCCCCCAAGUCACCCACUUCAUCCCCCAAGUCAGCCUCUUCAUCCCCCAAGUCAGCCCCUUCAUCACCCAAGUCAGCCUCUUCCCCAGCCAAGUCAGCCUCUUCCCCAAACAAGUCAGCCCCUUCAUCACCCAAGUCAGCCUCUUCCCCAGCCAAGUCAGUCUCUUCCCCAAACAAGUCAGCCUCUUCCCCAAACAAGUCAGCUUCUUCAUCACCCAAGUCAGCCUCUUCCCCUGCCAAAUUUCCAUCAUCACCUAAGUCCACCUCUUCACCAACCAAGCCUGCUUUUUCACCCGAGUCAGCUUCAUCAUCACCUAAAAUAGGUUCCAGAAGAUCAGGUGAAGGUACUCCAAAUAAGCGUGGAGCUGGAGUGGAGAGCCAGAAAUCAUUGGGGGACUCAAUAUCUUUUCAAGAAACCACUCCAAAAAGGCGUCCGGGCCGGCCAAAGAAGCUGGGACCACAGCUUGAGCAAAAGGCAAAGAGGCCAAUUGGUCGACCCCGCAAGGAGAAGGCUUUGGAUUCAGUAAUGGGGGCAAAAACCGUAAGUGGAAAAUCUGUUGUAGAAUCUGACGUUAAGGAUAAUGUAAACAGGAACCUUAAAAUAACAGUAGUUUAUGGCCGUUCUAGGAGAAACAAACGAAUGGUGUCUGAGGGCUUUGACCAGCUGCAAACAGAGUUCCAUGAUGCUUGUCAAGCAGUGGGCCUUAAACGUGACUUGGGCAUUUUAAUGCACAACCCUAAGACCAGUUCAGGUAGUAUCAAAACAGCCUCAACAGAAUUGUCUGAAGAAUUAAAUUUUGUCAGUCCUGUAAAAGAGUCUGCCCCUCAAUCUAGCAGUAACAUCAAAUGUCAGAAGAGGGAGGAUUCUGCACCCUCAAGGAAACCAGGUAGACCUGCAAAAGUUAAAAUCUCUGGAAUUUCAGUCACAGUAACCACAGUGUCACCUAGGCAGCGUAAAAUUCAGAUAAAUAAGGAUAAUAGACGGUCUCCUGAAACACUAAUUCAUAAAAAAGUAGUCCGACCAGAAUUAAAAUCUGCCAAAGAGCCCUGGACAAUCAGUCGUCAGUCAACAAGCAAAAGCAGUCAAACAGAAGAAGGCGUGGAAACAGAGGGUGAAAGUAAAGGCAAACUGUCAAACCAGCCUGUAGCAGUGCGUCAUUCAAUGAGAGUGAGAAAGCCAUCGAUCCACUUACUGCACGCUGUUGCCACCUCUACCUCUAGAUCAUACAGCCACAGUAAUGCCCUGCUACGGCGCUCCAAACAACUUCUGCUGAACAAGGCUAGCAAUGAAAGGAGACAGGGGGAGCAAAGGAGUAGUUUAGAGACUUCAAGGGAGAAAAGACUGCUCUGUGGACAAGAGAGUAAGAACAUCUCUCAAGACCUGAGCAGAGUGGCAGAGGUGUCUAUAGACCCAAUCUUUACCCCAAAAGAGACGCUAAGAUGGUGGGCAUCAUCAACUGAGGAAAAUACUAUGAACCAGGAGCUUGCCAGGCGAAUACGACUUAUCUCUGACACUUGGGUCUCAAACACUGUGGAGAACCAAGAAAAAAGAACUGCCUUCAAUUCAAAGAUAGAAACUAAAGGCAAUAGUUCCUUUACCAGGAAUUCAAAACAUUCCUCUGUGGUACGAAUGCUGUUCGACUGUCCUCUUAACAAACCAAGGUCCUGUAGCAUGCCGCAGCUUUGCUCCUGGUUCAUGCAGACCACAGAGACACAGUCUCUGGCAAUUGUCAAGAAGGCAAGCUCCCGUAAUCCUUACGAAGUUAUGCACUUCCCUCGUUCUGCCAUUAAAACAAGUGUUUGCCACAGUCCUCAGGCAGAGCGACUCCGCAAACACAUCAAGAAAUUUGCUAAAACUGUGCCAAAAAGUCCGUUGCAACAUCAACAGGCUCAAAGAAGGUUGAGGAAGAGAAAUGAGGCACUUUUAUCAAGACAUAAGAUUAGGCGUCAACUUUCCACUCCCAGGUUUGCAACAAGCAGACUCAAUCAAGGAGCCAAAUGGUGGAGAAGCAGAGCAUUCGACAAUUACCAGACUACUCUAUUUAGAGCAAGGACAAGGUUCCUAACCCGGGAAGAGAGGUUGCGAAAGAGGCAGAGGAAUAAGAAAAACAUGAAAGUAGCUACAAGUUUUUCAAAGGAACAUGUACUGGCUGGACUACAACCGAAACGUAAAGCAUUACGCAGAUCAGCAAAAGAUCAGUUAUCUGACCAUUUGGAGGACUGUUCUGCUACGAGUUCUGUUGACCAAACUCAAGAGCCUGUGGAUGUAGGAAAAGAGCAGAACCUCUGCUGUAAAGCCUGGAGUCCUGAAACACUGAAGGAAUGUCGGGUGUUUUUGAGAAAGAUCAACUCUCCAGACAAUGAGUCAACCGAGGAAGAGUGGGACUCGUGUACUGUGACACUGGAUGACGGGUCACCUUCUGCAUACCUCUUUGCAGGAAGGGAGAGAGAACUGGUAGGAGUUGUUAAAGCUGUGAAAACUGAAAGAAAAAUGAGCACAACCUCAAGAGAGCUAGCAGGUUCUGCACCUAAAUCCGUCCAUGAGCAGGAUGAGAUGUCAGUGGGGAGGCAAAAAGGCAAAUACAAAAGUCCCGGGGUUGUGUCUACUGAACCACCACAACCACCACCAGCAAAGAUGUUGAGACAAUCGCGAGUGAGGGGCCUAACCGGGCCAAGAUGGUGCGACUUUGUGUUGGAAAACUAAAUGAAGCAUAAAGCCUCCUCCUACCUGGGAAAGGGACUGUGGUUUAACGUGGUGCCUUCGGACAUUUGAGCUGACCACGUGGACGGACCAUCUCACUAUGGUUCAGUCUUACACUCAGCAAUUAUGUAGCAGUCUAACUUAACAAAAGCUUGAUGUUGCACUAUUUCUAUCCAUGGAUAUGUAUGUACAGAAAUGGGUUUUUUUGUUUUUUUUAUUGCCUUUUUCUUUCUGAACGCAUAUAGUAGAUCAAAUCAUUACAUUAAACAGAGUUUUAUUGGGAUAAGUACUUAUACAGUGAGCCCUGUCAGGAAGGAAAGGCAAAGUGUGAAUGCAUUCAGUGCCAUCUCCCCCUUAACAUACCUCGUUAUCCAAGCCAGCACUUAUUUCAGACAAUAACCUUUUAUUGUAAAUCUUAACCUGAAACCAGAACAAUGUACAGCCCUAAAACCCGCCCAAAUUAAUUUAAAUUUAUAGGCACCCUUACUCUGGCACUUUUUAAAUUACAAAUUGCUAAUUUUUUUGUUUUGUUUUCUGGAUUUGACAAAAGUAUAUUGAAAUUUCUUGACAUUCUCUCAAUCCCAGCCUUGUUUGCAAUAUUUGUCUUCAAUGCUUCAGUCACUGUUGUAUUGCAAGCCAAUAGCCAAAAAAGUGGUGUGAAUGAAGGAGUCUUAUAUAACCAACCAAGCCCCAUUUUUACCCAUGAACACUAUCUGUGUAUGGGUCCCACCCACAAAAUUGUGUAUUGAACUACAGUAAUUGGCCAUCCGCCUGUAUUUAAACCAAAUAUUUUUAUUAUUUCUUUCAAAGUAUUAACUAUAUUUGCGAGUCUUGGCAUUAAACUGCAAUCAACCCACAUGUUUUAAAUGAGUAUAUGAACGGACAUUAUGCAGUUAUAGAAAGUAGAUUCUAAUUCAUUUGGUAUGUGGGCUGUCUUGUUUUAAUUCACCUUUUGUUUUCUACCCAAAGCAGAUACUCUGUUGGUGUUGGAUCUACUUCUUGCACUAUCCCAUCUGAGAUUAUUAUUCCCACUACACAGAUUCCUCCCUUAUAUUUUGCACAUUCUGUGUCCCACUACCAACCCUUACUGUAAAACUAGAGAAUCUAUUUGGUGCAAUACAAACCCAGAUGAUUUAUCAGUAUGUAGUAAAUAUUUUAUUGCUGACAGACAAAUGGAUGUACACAAGUACCAAUGGCCUGGGAAGUUGUUUCCAUAGCCAUGUAAAGUUAUUUUAAAGGAUACUGCUAUAGAAACUUUCCCCCCCCCCCAACUUGCUUAGUUUCCCUUCAUGAAGCAGAAGAAAGAGAUCUUAGUUGUAAAAGCAUUAAAUAGUUUUUAUCACAAAUGUACUGUUAAGAGUUGUUUUUUUGCAGCAAGAGACGCCCACCUCCACGGGGGCUCAGCUUGGCCGGCUGCAUAUCAGGCGUGUGAUAGACAAGGACAGAGAUGAUCGGUUAACACUAACCAUGGAUCAGUAUCAUGUUAAAAAGGGGCAGGUAGAUCCAAGAUGUCUGGCUGUAGGGUCAAAACCUAAACCUGUAGUGUGUAUUAUGUGUCUGACUACCCUUGUACGUGUGUCACUAUGGUUGCCGUUUCAACACGAGUGUUGUGGGGUGGCCCAGUCUUGUGAUCAGCGCGCUGUUAAACUGGUGCUAAACCAACCUGUUGUAUAUAUUUUUUUUUUCUUUUUCAUGUUUUUAUACUGUCCAUUACAGAUGCAAAAAGAGGUGUCUGUAAUUGAAACAAUAAAGAAUCUUUUGAAAUAA